AUGGCGAUCUCCAAGUUUGCAUUUUGUUUUUGUUUAUCGAUUGCUAUGAUUAGCUUGUACGCUAACGCCACCGAAGUUUCACACGAUGGAAGAGCCAUCACCAUUGAUGGUAAACGAAGACUUUUGCUAUCCGGUUCAAUUCACUAUCCUCGAAGCACAUCCGGGAUGUGGCCAGACUUGAUUAGGAAGUCAAAGGAGGGUGGACUAGAUGCCAUUGAGACUUAUGUCUUUUGGAAUGUGCAUGAACCAGUUCGUCGCCAGUAUGAUUUUACUGGUAAUCUCGACCUUGUCAGGUUUCUCAAAACUGUUCAAGACGAAGGACUUUAUGCUGUUCUUCGUAUCGGUCCAUACGUUUGUGCUGAAUGGAACUAUGGAGGACUUCCUGUUUGGCUGCAUAAUCUGCCCGGAUGUGAGAUUCGAACUGCUAAUGAUGUUUACAUGAGUGAGAUGAAGAAUUUUACGACCUUGAUUGUCAAUAUGAUGAGAAAGGAGAAACUUUUUGCAUCCCAAGGUGGCCCAAUUAUUAUUGCUCAGAUUGAGAAUGAAUAUGGCAAUGUGCAAUCAUACUAUGGAGAUGCUGGCAAAGCAUAUAUGAACUGGUGCUCAAAUUUUGCCCAAUCUCUUGACAUCGGAGUUCCAUGGAUUAUGUGCCAACAAAGUGAUGCUCCCCAACCAAUGAUAAACACAUGCAAUGGCUGGUACUGUGAUAAUUUCAAACCAAAUAAUGACAAUAGCCCUAAAAUGUGGACUGAGAAUUGGACUGGCUGGUUCAAGAGCUGGGGUGGUAAAGACCCACUUAGGACCGCUGAGGAUCUUGCCUUCUCUGUUGCAAGAUUUUUCCAGACCGGAGGAACUUUCCAGAAUUAUUACAUGUAUCAUGGUGGAACAAACUUUGGUCGAACAGCAGCUGCAUAUAUUACCACAACUUAUGAUUAUGACGCUCCUCUUGAUGAAUAUGGUAACUUGAACCAACCUAAAUGGGGGCAUUUGAAGCAACUUCAUGAGAUUCUGAAAUCCAUGGAGUAUACUCUCACCCAUGGCAAUAUUACCACCAUGGAUUUUGGAAACUCUGUUUCAGCCACUAUGUAUGCAACAAAUGAUUCAGCAAGCUGCUUUUUUGGCAAUGCAAAUUCCAGCACUGAUCAUACAAUCACUUUCCAAGGAAACAUAUACACCAUUCCUGCUUGGUCCGUUAGCAUUCUUCCUGAUUGCAAAACUGAAGGAUAUAACACUGCAAAGGUGAACACACAAACAUCCAUUAAGGUGAAAAUGGUGAACAAGGCUGAGGAUGAACCUGAAUCUCUUGGCUGGCUGUGGAGGCCUGAAAACAUUGAUGACACAAGACUUCAAGGAAAGGGAGAAUUUACUGCAAAUAAACUCAUGGAUCAGAAGGAUGUUGCAGCUGAUGCUAGUGACUAUCUUUGGUACAUGACAAGUGUUCAUCUCAACAAAGACGAUCCAAUCUGGAGUGGGAACAUGACUCUAAAGAUCAAUGCCACUGGUUUUAUCCUUCAUGCAUAUGUUAAUGGAGAAUAUCUUGGUUCUGAAUGGGCUAAAUACAAUGACUACAAUUAUGUUUUUGAGAAAAAUGUCAAGUUAAACCCCGGAAAGAACGUGAUUUCCUUGCUGAGUGCCACCGUUGGAUUUCCGAACUAUGGAGGUGGAUUUGAUGUGAUAAAUACUGGAGUUCCUGGUCCUGUUGUUUUGGUGGGACAAAAUGGUGAUGAAAUGGUGAUCAAGGAUUUAUCAGCACACAAAUGGUCAUACGAGGUUGGGCUACAUGGCUUGAAGAACCAGCUCUUUAGCACCGAUUCUCGUUACGAGGCUAAAUGGUCAGCCGAAAACCUACCAAUUAACAGGAUGAUGACAUGGUACAAGACGACUUUCAAAGCUCCUCUGGGAACUGAUCCAGUUGUUGUGGACCUGCAAGGGUUAGGCAAGGGCCAUGCUUGGGUCAAUGGCAAUAGCCUUGGGAGAUAUUGGCCAAGCUAUUUGGCUGAGGAAGAUGGUUGUAGCCUUGAAGCUUGUGACUACCGUGGCUCAUACGAUAACAACAAGUGUGUCUUCAAUUGUGGCAAACCUACUCAGAGAUGGUAUCACGUUCCGCGAUCAUUUAUGCAAGACGGUGAGAACACUCUGGUUUUGUUUGAGGAAUUUGGUGGCAACCCAUCUCUUGUGAAUUUCCAAACCGUCACAACUGGAACAGUGUGUGCAAAUGCCUAUGAGAAGCACACAUUGGAAUUGGCAUGCCAAGGUCGUCCGAUUUCAGCAAUCAAGUUUGCUAGCUUUGGCAACCCACAAGGCAGAUGCGGAUCAUUUGAGAAGGGAAGCUGUGAUGCCAAGGAUGUAUUGUCUAUCAUUCAAAACGAAUGUGUGGGCAAGGAGAAGUGCUCGAUCGAUGUUUCAGAGAGCAAACUUGGAUCAGCAAAUUGUGGUGCUUAUGUAAAGAGGCUGGCUGUGGAAGCUGUUUGCUAG